AUGGAUCCGAACAACGGUCCUCAAGACCAAGGGGGCCAUACUGUGCCAACCACCGUCUCCAGUGGCAGCACACCGGCGACUGCCUAUCGUUACGCCCCUUUUACCCAAUACCACAUCAAUCCAGCUGCUUCGGAGUUGCACCAACAACAAUCGGCUGCCGGGCCUGGCCCAUUCAUCGUCCUCUUCCUGCUGAUGCGACUGGUCCUCGUCUCACUGGUCCUCGUCUCACUGGUCCUCGUCUCACUGGUCCUCGUCUCACUGGUCCUCGUCUCACUGGUCCUCACCGCGGCCUUGUUACUCCUCAACAAGCAGGUCGGGCACCCGGCUAUGCUGUACCUCGUCAGCCUGAUCCGCGUGCAGGCUACAUGUUCUCUCGUGAUGCAGCUCGUCUUAUCGGCACAGCUCAUCCUUCCGCUGCGGCUUUCCAUCCUAUGGUGGCUCGUCCUCCAAUUGCGGGGCCUCCUCGCGCGGCGGCUCUUCCUCGAGAGGAGCAACACCUUCCAGGGAUACAUCCGUAAUGAGGCUGAGUUCUUCUGUUACGACGAACUCGAUAGACAACUCAGUCUGAAUAGAGCGAUACUAGAGGAUCAUUCCCAAGACUACCCCAAUGAUGAUGCCGGGCGAUCAAGGAUCGUCGAGCGUAUAUAUAACGCGAUCAUCAACACUAGUGGUAACCAGGAUCCUGUGACGACAUCAGUCGAUUCUGGCAGCAGCCUUGCGGUGAGAUGUAUCCAGGAAUUGGCUCCAAUACAGGUCGAGCUUUUGGCGUACAAGUUCAUGAGAGCCAUCCUCAAGGUUCAGCGAGGAGAGCCAGUAGCCCCCUCAGGUUUUAAGCUCCAGCAAGAGCGCAACUCCAUGACCAAAGUCGACAAGGUUGUGGAGGCUCUCAGCUUCAACAAGCUCCUCUGCCGCAGCGCAGCAACGAACCCUGAUUUCAUCGGUCGCAUCGCCGCUGAUCCUGAAAAGGAACGCCAAAAGAAGAAAGAUAACAUGGAAGGCAACAGCAGAAAGGGCGGUAUUCUGAAGUUAGGUUCGCAAAGGAGGGCCAAGAUGAAGGAGUCGACGGGAAAGAGAAAGAGGGUCGCCGCCGAGUCCGAGCCCAAGCCCAAGGCUGAGUCAAAUACCGAGGGGAAGGCCGCUAAAGAGUCUGCAACUUCGGACGAGAUCAUCACAGAAAGCUUGCCUAUAGAGGCAACUCGUGCCAACAGUCACGGUGAGGCUUCUCAUCAGGAGCAGCAGGACCAGCGUGUUCAGUCUACUGUGGAGUACACCACCACUGGUCCCGCCCACUCCGAUGUCAACGUCCAAGCAUGCCAUGCCAACGACGAAACCAGUUUUCCCGACCGGAGCUCCUUUACCAACCAGAACUACUUCGACAAGACUGUUGUUGCCGACGAUCAGACCGACGGUGCUUCCAACUUGACUGAUGACGCUCUGGCUGCCCGUGACCGCAACUUUACCGCGCCCAUGCAAACCCGAUCCGAUACGCCCAACGAUUUCGAGAAUCGGAUUCCCAGCCACCAGCCUGUCCUGAACCUCGACCCCGACUUCGCCUGGUCAGUUUUCGUCGACAAUAACAAUUCUAGCCUGGCCUCCCACCAUCAAUCCCAUCCUCAGAACUCGGACCAAGAUCGGCCAGCUCAGGACCAGGCCCCCGAGCACCAUUCACCCUAUCAGGAGGCCACCAACUUUAACAACAUGGACGGUCUCUUUGACGACAGGCAAUGUUGGUGGGUUUUCCUGAAGGUGAUGAUGGCACAAAUGAGGGCAGAUGCGGGAUUUGAUACGGAGCUGGAUGGCUUGAUGUAUACCUGUGACGCGGUCCGCGCUGCCGAUCUCGUGAUUGGCCAUGUCUGCCGCGCCGCACUGGCAACCUCCCUUCAUAUCCCGAGGGCCAGUGAUCCUGCGACGACUUUGAUUGUCCGGCGUAUUGUGUUCACGACGGUCUCUCAUGACCAGGGAUUCAGCAAUUACACAGACAAACACGGCACCUACCAAGACUCACAUACAUGGUUCGACGCCAACGUUAUCGAUCCUUCAGGUUUAUACCGAGUACCGCGCCUAGUGCUGCAGCACAAUGUGCAUGCUCGUUGGGAAGCAACUAGGCACGUGAAAGCCUACGACUUCCGCGACGAAGCUGAUGAGGAUUCCGAGCAAGGCUCAUCAGAAGCCUGGCUCUCUGCCAUCAAGUGCGGUGAUACUGUUCAGCUCGUUCCAAGGGCAUUGUGGCCAGCUUGGGUCAACUGGGUGAUCGAGGCACGCAUCGAAGUUUGGGCAGAGAUUGUCGCAGUCGUGAACGCAGACCAAAGUGGCCCAGACGAUAAAGUCUAUCGCCCUUUGGAUGCUGAGGAGCGUGAGAUCCGAGUCGUGGCCAUUGAGCGUGGAAGAGAUCACGAACCGCCACGCCUUUCGCUGCACUAUACUUCUCUCUCCAGGGGGGAUCGAAUUCUCUUCAACGCGCUUUCGUACUGCUGGGGAGAAGCAACGGACACAACGUUGGUGGCCCUGACCUCGGAUGUAGAUGGCAUGCGCGUGUCAUCCCAUAUCGCCAUAAAUGCCAACCUUCUUGCGGCCUUGAAACGCCUAAGACGCGAGGAUGCCGAUUUCUUCGUCUGGAUCGACUUGAUAUGUAUAAAGCAGAGCGAUACCGCAGAGAGGUCACAACAAGUUGCGAUGAUGGGCGAUAUCUUUUCCUCGGCGGACCACGUAUACAUCUGGCUUGGGUUGGAGCAGCGAACUGCUGCGAUGGGAGACAUUUCAGUCUAUAAGCAUAUCGCAAGCAAGUUCCAAGCCGACCUCAAGGACAACAAACCUGUUGAUAGACGAGUGGAUGGCAUGGAUGCUCCCAUCCCUACACACAGAGCCACCUACGAUGGCUGGGUCUGGUACAAUUUCCACUUCACCAGACCUUUCUCACUCCCAUGGUUCCACCGCGUUUGGGUCCUCCAAGAAGCUUGGAGUACACAGCCCGGCGCCGCCAUCCAGGACAUAUCGGAGAGGGUGUCGGUUCUCUGCGGGUCGGAGGAACUGCCAUGGGCUGUCUUCAUCCAAGCCAGCCAUUGUAUACAUACCUAUUACGGCAAGCCGGACGGGGCGGCUAACAUGAUGCCGGAGAUAUGGAAGACCCUGUUCCACGCGCCCCGCGACACAAAUCCCUUCUUUGUCACACCAGUGCCACAACUGGAUAUACUCGAGGUAGUCGUAGACGGGCUCGACAUGCGCGCCGCAGACGCCAAGGACAAGAUCUUCGCGCUCCUCGUGUUUGGAAAGGAAACCCACAAUGUCUCUGACCUCCCAGACCUCGUGCGCCCGGACUACCGCAAAUCAGUCUCACAAGUAUACGCAGACUUCACCAGGUGGUGGAUCGGCCACUCCCAAUCCCUCCGAAUCCUGUCCGCAGCCCAGACGCAGACCGGCCGCACGUGGCUCGACAUGACCGACUCAGCCCACAGGGGCCCCGGCAGGGCCGACCUUUCCCGGUCGCCGUCAUGGAGCUUCUGGCAUGAGGGACGUGGCUCCUGGAAGCGGGGCCUUCUGGGGUUCGACGAGCGCAUGCCUUAUAACGCAAGCGCUGGACGUGACCUGGACACGGCCCUGCUGCUGCAGCAAGACGGCGGGGUCAUUCGCGCACUCGUCCUAGGACUCCGCAUAUCAUGGAUCAUCAUAACGCGCAUGAUGCCCUCCCUCCUAGCGACCCUGAAGCGAUACCGGAUUGUCUGCAUUGCCAUGGAAAGUCGACAAUCAUCUAGGCCCUCGUUAAGUGAUGCGGCGAAAUGUGGUCUCAAGUCCAAUUUGUUGAGCACAUCUGAUUCACUAUCCACUGCCAUGGCUGAUCCCAUACAAAAGCCAAGUCUUGGGGUGAUCGGAGGAGACGAGCCAAAUGUGUGGCAGUCAAUCAUCCGGAAGUAUUCGAAAGAUCUACAGAGCCUUCCAUUACCGCCAAAGAACUUCACUCGCCGCAGUCGAAUGCACCCUGAACGGCGAAACAAAAAAGGCACCUGGCCCAAAAACCUUCUGGCCAGACUAAAAGGAGGAGAAAAGAAGGAGACACUUCCCAUUAAGACAGCGACAGGAUGCCGCCAAUGGGAGCUGAGACCCAUGUCGGACACGCCUCCGCAACCCAGGCUAGGUGUCCCGUCUUUCACAGUCACAACGCCGGAGGGAGAGACCAUGUGGCCCAAGAACCCGAACUCCAACAUGACACAAGAAACCAUACGACACUUCAUAUCCCACAAGUACUAUUUUGCCUCAAUUGUUGGGAGGAUGAAGAUGCACAAGAGGAUUAAUAAUGCGCAUACCGGUUAUGAUCAUCUGGUUGAAUAUGGGAGUGGAUGA